UUUGAUUUGUUUAUGAUCAGUUGAUUGCUGCGUUAGCAGUAUUUAGGCAACACGCAAUGCGGAAUCUUAGAAAACGAUGUUUCCGCGGACUCGAGCGCAGAGUUACACCGUAGCUGAACAAUUCGCGUGUAAACGUGCUGUGUAAAAUAAAGAUAAUGCUUACUCGAAUUUUACGAUGUGGCACCACCUCAAUGAAACGCCCUAGUACAUUAUUGUACCUGUUAGCAUUGACCCUAGUACCGAUUGUAGUUCUCAGUUUGAUUGUUCUCGCCGCCUAUCGGCACCUGGUCAGAUUGUUGCUCGUUUUAAGACACGGUGACAAGUUCGGUGGCAUGUUCGAGGGCGCUGAUAUGGUCUGGGCGAUUCAAGAAAAAGAAUGGAGGAGUAUACUGUCGAUAAUACUUGUGCUAGAAAGCGAUACAAAAAUGGAUAUGAGAGAUAGACUGCGAAAAAUCGCCGAAGAAAGGGUGUUUCACACCACAGAUUAUCCUAAACUCUCUAGUACGCGUCACCACUUUUUGGGCUACACUUACAUGUUAAGGAACACUUAUACCGCAGAAGAGGGUAUUAGUUUACUAAAAAUUCCUGAAAACAAACCGUUUGAUGAGAGUGCACUCAACGAGGUAGCAAGUGAAGUUUGCAACAGUCCGUUAGAUAAAGAAGACACCGCCAUGUGGGCUUUGCUAGUGUCACCCAUACCACUGGCGCAAAAAAACGAGGGUAAAUACUUAUACCCGAUUAUUCUAAGAUUCAGUCACGCAGUCGGGGAUGGAGUGACAUACGUUUCCUUCCUGAUUAAGAUAUUCAGCAAUGGUAGUAUAAGUUCCUAUCUACAAGAUCACCUUAAAAAAGCAUAUGCCAAUUCGGAACAAAGCGCUGCUAAUUGGUACACUGUAUUGAAAGACGGAGUCUCGAAAUUUGUCAACUUCGCGUACUUCCUCUUCAUAUUUUUGGGAUUGUCGAUCUACCAUCAUAGCCUCAGAGAUUUUGAUAAGCACGAGUUACACGGACGAAUCCUUACCGGCGACAAAAUUGCAACAUGGUCCUGCGAAGAGACCGCCGGAUUGGUGCCCACGGUGAGAAGAAUUAAAAACAGAGUGCCCGGAGGAAAAUUCUCCUCCGUCGUGCUUACGGCCUUGUCCGCAAGUUUGACCGAUUUCUUCAAAAGGAACAGAUUUGACACUCCAGAACGUAUAACAUUGGCCGCCCCUUUGGUGCUUUCCUAUAGACUCAUUUUCGCCGAAGGACCCAUCCCGCUCACCAAUAAUUUUAGCAUGGUGAUUUUUCCGUUGGAUACGGUUAGAUCUACCCUCAUAGACACCAUGCAGAAAACGAUAGAUCAAUCGGAGCUACUGUCAACCCUUCCAGAUCCAAAGGCUAUGAUGUUAUUUCAAUACAUAAGCGGUGUGAUCCCAAUGCCUCUACUCAAGAAAUUAUUGACUAUACCGGGUGUCACGAUGUGCGUAUCAAAUGUACCGGCAACGAGCAAACUUCAAGUAUUUGACCAAUGCAAUUUGAAACAUAUUGUGUUCUUUCCGCAGCAUAGGGAAAAACUGGGUUUAAGCGUCGGUAUUUGUACUUACGAUGACAGGUUUCAAAUAGGACUGAUGGUCGACAAAGCUUUGAUAUCCAGUCCCCAAGAAGCCCAAAAAAUUACCGACGACGUAUUUAAGUAUAUAAGGCAGUUGGAUUUGGAGACGAACCGCAUGUACCCUAAUUAAAACAUUGAUAUUAGAGUAAUAAUAAAUCAUUUAUGAAGUAAUUGAUUAUUAUGAAGUGACCUAUGAAUGUUAAAUAUAGGAUGUUUAUGUUCCUUCGAAAAAAUUUCCUAGUUUUUUUUGCUCGUCUAUCUCCAUGAAAACAAGCCUUGAAAAAUGUUUUCAUGAAUUUACCCAACAACCAUUUUAAUGUUGUAAAUUACGAAGGGUGAUUCCUAAAUUAAUACUUUGUUUUUGCGGGGUUAUUAUCGCACCUAUUUUAAGAAAAAAAUGUACUAACUAUAGUAUAUAAGUAACAAUAUAAUUUUGUUCUGGAGAUUUUCUCUAAAAUUGCUUACAUAAAUAAGAAAUUAGUUUAGUCUUGUAUGCCUAAAUUUAACUGCUCAAAAAACAUGUAGAGAAAGUGGCUUUUAUUUUUGUUUUCAAAUACUAAGCAAUAAGAUACGAAAAGAAGUCUAGAAUCAAAAAAGAUACGUAAUCUAAAACGUGUAUGUGUAAGUUACAGAAAAGGCAGUUUUAGCUCAACUCGGUUCAGAAAACUAAGCAAUCACCAUGAUAUAUAUUUGAUU